AUGACCGGCUUGUUGCUCUGUCUAAGAGGGCACACCUCCCGCCGCGGCUUCGCACUGGCCAGGCGAGAACCGAGACUUUCUUUCUCGCCUGCAGUAGGGGGUCCACCAACUGCAGCGGCAAGGACGAUUUCACAAGCUGCCGCUACAGAUGCACCAGCAGCACCGGCACUUCGCGGGAGGAUUUCCUUUGUAUCCGUUACGCCUCCCCGCUUGUCCUCCCAAAUGUCUAAUUCACCCUCUUCAGUGAACAAAGCCCCUCCAGUGGACCCUCAUGGCCCUUCCCCAGCUGAGAGGACAGUCGGUGGCGGGCGCUUACACCCCGAGAGCGUCGAUCCUUUCCAGCCGCAGCCGAAGAGGCGAAUGGACUUGAAGCUGGGGCCGUAUGCGGGAGGUCGCUUUUUCGUGUCUCCUAAGGAGGACCCCAAAGAGUUCAUUUUGUGUGUGAUUAUUGUUUCAAUUUGCCUAUACACGCUUGUCACGACCUACACCCAACCAGGGGGUGAAACAGUCUUUCAACGCCGCCGCCGUAUCAUAAGAGAGCGGCUCAUGAAAGAGGCUGGCAUCACACAGGCCGACUUGGAUGAACUAGAGGCAGAGGAAGCACCCCUCUCCUAA